ACAGCCAAACUCUUCUACUAAUUAACCACAUCAUCAAUCAUGGAACUCCAAUUCCAGCAACAAAGGCAGCACCAGCAGCAUCAAGUCCCAAUCUCCAAGCCUACCAAGUUCAAGGGGAGGAGCAAGGGCAGCAGCACCAAGUUCAUUGGUGUCAGGCAAAGGCCUUCAGGGAGAUGGGUGGCAGAGAUCAAGGACACCACACAAAAGAUUAGGAUGUGGCUCGGGACCUUCGAGACCGCCGAGGAGGCGGCCCGAGCCUACGACGAGGCCGCCUGCCUCCUCCGAGGGUCCAACACCCGCACCAACUUCACCACCCACCUCUCCUCCGACUCCCCGCUGGCCUCGAGGAUUCGCAACCUCCUCAACCACAAGAAGCUCAGCAAAGCUGCAGGAUCUCAUCCUCGACCCACCAACAAUUCUCCAAGCUAUUCUACUGCUACUCCUACCACUAGUGUCAGUUCUAGCACUAGUUCAUGCACCAUCACUACUACUGAGAGCAAUAGUAGUACCAGUGCUUCUGCUCUUGGUCAUCAUGAUAAGAAACAAGAAAAGCAAGUAGGUGAUGAAGUAUAUAGGCCAUAUUUUAGCAACAGUGCAGAAGAGCUUGACUUGGGCUCUUCACCAUCAGAUAAUUCAUGGGCGUUUGAAUCUGGAUUCGACCACCUCCCUAUGCUUGAUGGAUUUGAGUUGCCUAAUGGGAGCUCGGAUUUCUCAGAGUUUGAUAGGAUGAAGGUGGAGAGGCAGAUAUCGGCUUCGCUUUAUGCAAUGAAUGGAGUCCAGGAGUACUUGGACACAGUGCAUGAUCCCUCUGAUUCUUUAUGGGACCUUCCCCCUAUUUGUCACUUGAGUUGCAGGACUUGAUGGUUUGGUCAUCAUCUACCUUCUUCUAAUUCUCUUCUUCUUCUUCUUCUUUUUGUUUCUUUCUUUUGUUUUUCUUUCUAUGAAAACACUUUUUGUGGUUUACAUGUAUGGUGAGUAGGGGGUGUAAUGCGCAAAAGAAAGUUUUCAGAAUCGAAU